AUGUCCUUCACCAUGCUGCGCUCGGCGCCCAGCCGCUACCUGUACCCCGAGAUCAGCAUGCUGUCGGAGGACGAGGAGAACGGCAGCGAGAGCUCCGGCUCGGAGGAGAAGCCCUACCACCACCGCCACCACCACCGCCACCACCACCACCACCACCACCACCACCUGGAGAGCGAAGGCUACGGCGAGGAGCUGAAGGGCGGGAAGCGUGGGGGCGCCAAGAAGGGGGGCGGCAGGCUGAGCAGGGAGCCCCGGCAGCGGCACACGGCCAACGCGCGGGAGCGCGACCGCACCAACAGCGUCAACACCGCCUUCACCGCCCUGCGCACCCUCAUCCCCACCGAGCCUGCCGACAGGAAGCUCUCCAAGAUAGAGACCUUGAGGCUGGCCUCCAGCUACAUCUCCCACCUGGGCAACGUGCUGCUGGUGGGAGAAGCCUGCGGGGACGGGCAGCCUUGCCACACCACCCCCACCUUCUACCAUCACGGCGGCACCGGCACCGGCGGGAGCCCCGCCGGGCGCGACGCUGAGAACGCCCAACCCAAACAGAUCUGCACCUUCUGCCUCAGCAACCAGAGGAAGCUGAGUAAAGACCGGGACAGGAAGACAGCGAUCCGGAGCUAG